AAUGCCGCGCAUUCGUACGCUAAACUCACGACCACCGCCAGAAGGAUGGGACGUGAUAUCCGAUACCCUGGAUUCUUUUGACGAACGUAUGAAGGCCGCAGAACGCGAAAGCGGUGAAGGUAAAAGACGCAGCGAAGUACAGUGGCCCAUAUUUCGUAUCCACCACCAACGUUCACGCUAUAUUUACGACUUGUUCUAUGUCCAGAAGGCUAUAUCAAGGGAGCUUUAUGACUAUUGCGUAAGGGAAGGAUACGCCGAUCCAAAUCUUAUAUCAAAGUGGCGGAAACCCGGAUAUGAGCGCCUGUGCUGCCUACGUUGCAUCCAAACUGCAAACCAAAACUUUGGAACCACCUGCGUAUGCCGUGUACCAAAGCGUGACCUCGAGCCGGGUAAAAUCAUAGAAUGCGUACUCUGUGGGUGCCACGGAUGCGCAUCGUGUGAUUUUGACGACUAGUCAACUUUUUAAAAAAUCGCAAACAACAAGCCUAUGGCAAAGGAAGUG